AAGGAGGAGCUAAGAAAGCGAAAGAAGCUGAAGAAGCUAAUGAAGCCAAAGGAGACAGAAGCUGAAGAAGCUGACGAACUUAACAAAGUGGAAGAAACUGAUGAAGCCAAUAAAGUAGAAGAAGCCAGAGAAACAGGAAGAAGCAGAUAUAGAAAAAGCAAAAAAGUGGAAGAAGCGGUGGGAGCAGAAUGA